AUGCCAUCUAGCAGCUCCUUUUUCGUCCUCGACAUUGGGAAAUCCGGCGGCGGCGGCGUGAGCGGCGGCGGCGGCGGUUUCGCGUCGUUUCUGCUCGCGGCGAGACCGUAUCUUGUAGCUGCCGCCGUGAUUCUCGCUCUCGAGCUACCGUUUGUACUCUUCUUUCAGCCAUGGCGAGUCGCCCAGGUCGAGCCGCGAAUCGACGCCGCGUUGCAACCCGAAGGCGGUGGCCUUGCCGGGUGUAAGAUAAGCGCUGCGCAAUGCCGAGCGGAAGAAAACUACUGGCUGAACGUGCAACGGCGCAAGGACUUCAAUGGCGGCCAUUUUCAGCCGUUAGAUGUAACGGACGGUGCAGAUAUGCUCAUCCGCAUCCUCGUGCCCACGUACCAGUGCCCCGGGGAGGAGCGGCUGGGCGUGUGGGGUGAUGGUGGCAAGUGGACAUGCAUGCUGCCUUCCACCAUUCAACCCAAGCCCAUCGUGUACAGCAUCGGCAGCAACGAGUCGUUUUCCUUUGAGAGUGAGAUAAGCGCGGAGCUGCACAUCCGCACGGACACCUUCGACCCCUUCAUCCCCCCCGAGGCUCAGGCGCGCAUGAAGGCCCUCCCCUUCCUGCGCUUCCACAGCAUUGGCGUUGCCAGCGCUGCGGAUAUCAACGAAUACAAGAAGUGGUACCCCAAGAAGCAGUUCAUGCGGUUAAACGAGAUCAUGAAGCGGCUGGGGCACUCGUAUAUCGACGUGCUGAAGGUGGACUGCGAGGGGUGCGAGGAGCACUUCAUUCACGAGCUGGUGAGGGCCAACCACAACAAGAUGGGCGCGCUCACCAUCCAUGGGGGCAGGCUGCCGUUCGGACAGAUGCUGUGUGAAUUCCACAGAACGGACAUGCCGAACCGCACGCUGCCACUGGUGUACGGAAUGGAGAGCCUGGGGUACCGCAUGUUCCACGUGGAGCCCAACCCGCAGUGCCUGCACUGCCAGGAGAUCGCCUUCAUCCACGAAACCCUCGUCAAGCCCUCCCCCACCGCUGACUGCCGGCCUUUCCUGCAGCAGAGCAGCAACGGGCUUGCGCAGUUGCUAGAUGCCGGAGGAGACAAGGGGCAAGCUGCUGCAGGCAGCAAGCGUGAGGAAGGGGCUGCUGUUGACAGCUCGCUCGAUUCGCCGUAG